GAUAAUAUUCAUUCUUAUUUCUAUGCUCACCACAUUGAGAUUAUGUCUUCCUGCAGAUUUUGGCUAGCUAGCUAGUUACAUGGAAUCAUCUGAAUAUCUCCUAUGUAAGUGGAAAGGCCAUCACUGGCCAGCUAAGGUAAGGCAAAGACAUUACUAGGCUAGCGUCCUUUGGAUACGUGCACAUACACAAAUUACCACACGUCCCUGUCAGUAUCAGAUGGAAUUGUAAACACGUGGAAUCUGUGUACAUGUUCUCAUAAAAGCUAUCGCUAGUACAGUAUUUUGGAGGGAAGGGGUGCAGUAUUUACCAUCCUUUUCACAUACGGCUCGUUUCACUUGUACAAGGUUUUGAGAAGGGUGUGCAAUUCCAAGAGGAGGAAAGAUAUGGAAGUGGAAAUGUUGGGAGAAGGUCACAGGUAGGCCCCUCUUGUUAUUGACAAACUCUGUACUCUUCUCGCUCUGACAUGGAUACAUUCAUCAAUAACCAUUAGAGGAGUGUGUAUUUUGUUUUGCAGAGUGUGGGUACAGCAGAAGGAAACACAAGCACUGACCCAAGAAUGCAUUGAGAGCAUCUCUGGACAUCUGAGUAAGUCCCACAGCACUUCUCCAUGAUACAACACUUCUCUGUCAACAUACAGUAUAUUUUUUUAUUAACCAGUGCCAGUAAAUUAUUCCUCCUAACCACAAGUUAUCUCAUGUCACAUGACUAGAGGCAUUUGAAGUGGUUCUGUUCGUGUACAAUGAGCUUCAUUUCCUUUUCAGAUAUGCAGAGUUGGACACAUUUUUUAUACUGUCCAACUUCACCUCCCAUGUCACCUACAACCCAUCAGAAGCAGAGAUUAUUUCCUUGUAGCUGCCUGGGCCUUUGUGUAUUGGUUUUACUCUAGCCAACAUUCGGUUCCACUUCAAUUUUUCCCGUAGAGAUAAACAUUUUGGAAUUAUAAACCUGGCUCACUUUCUGCCGUUUACAUAAUCUAAUUCAGAUAUGAUUUCAGAUUAGUGAGUGACUUCUCAGAAGUAGGCCCUGAUCUAGUGAGUACUUGUAGGACAAUGUGUUGUACAGUUUAAUGGAAUCCACAUUUGCAUACUCAAUAUGUUACUCAACUUACUGCCAUAAUUGGUGAUACUGAUGCAAAAGCAGAGCUCUUGAUUUGGCAAAAGAAUAAAAACCCAACCAGUUGAUGUGAAAUUAUGUAAUUCGUCAUGCAGCCUAGUUAUUUGGCAUGAUUGAUAAUCUAGUGUAAAGGGCAGAUAUUUUGGACAUCAUGGGAUUAGAUAAGAGUAAAGAUGCUAACACAGACAGUAGGCCUACAUGUUCAAAUUAGAUUAUACAUGUCUACUACAAUGAUUUGUUUGCUAUUAUGUGAUCAUUGGUUACAAUAUGAUAAUGUGUGCUUGCAUAGAAUGUCACUAUUAAAUCUCCCACAUCACUCUUAUUCCAAACUCGUGAAGACUGUGAACAAUAAUAGUAUCUUUCAUCCUCGCGCAGGUGAUCAUGCUUCCAAAAGGAGGGACCCAAUAAGAGAAUUGAAAUACCGGAAAGCACUGCGCUUGGCAUUGGAUAUGCUCCCCUCAGGAGAGACGAGCAGCACUCUGGUUUUAGGAGAACCCAGAACAUCCGAAAAGGGAAGAGACCAACAGUUGCCAUCGGCCCCUGAAGAGCAAGAAACGAGAGCGAGACGCGCUAUCCGAGCAAAUGUGAGGCCAAGUCAUACAAAAGCAGACCAGGAAAGCACAAAACGUAAAGAGACAGUUGUAGAUACUGAUGAGAGCUCAAACGAGGUCCUCACAAGCCCUAAGAUUAGAAGGAAGUGUUGCAAUUGUCAGAGACAUCAGAGACGGCGGACCCAGCAAGCCCAGUGGUCCAGCUUCUGUAAUUCUAGGAAUUUGAGUGAGAAUCAGGAUACCAGUCCACCAAAGCAGGCCAGACAGAGUCCAACUCUCAAUUCGUCACCAGAGAACACUUCAGGCCAUUCCAGUCCCAAGUCAUGGGCUGCCUAUGGCUGUGAGACACACAAGCAAAGGGCAGCCAAGUUCAGACUUGUGUAUAGGCUAGCUGAGACACAGGUACUUCUGCACUGCAGACAUGACACUAGACACAAAUGUCACAAACAGACAUCAUUUUAAUUCAUGACAACUAGUCAGUCACCACUGCAACUGAUUCAAUGCUUUAACAUUGCUCUCCACUAUUUUCCUUGCUUUUGAUGCCAUUUGAGUUUGUAAUGCCAUCAUAACAACCAUGUCAUGGUGUUGUUUAUGUCCCCACAGGAGCCUCAGUCUGAGGAAAAAACGGGUUGUGCAUCUCAGAAAACAAGUCUAGGUGCAGCUCAAGAGAAUGUCACUGUUCCCAGUAAGCCGAAUAGAUUCUAAGUGCAUUCUGAAAGUAUUCAGACCCAUUGACUUUUUCCACAUUUUGUUACGUUACAGCCUUAUUCUAAAAUUGAUCAAAUUGUUUUUUUCCCAUCAUCAAUCUACACACAAUACCCCAUAAUGACAAAGCAAAAACAGUCUUCUUGGGUGUGAUGCUACAAGCUUGGCACAACUAUAUUCUCUGCAGAUCCUCUCAAGCUCUAUCAGGUUGGAUGGGGAGUGUUGCGGCACAGCUAUUUUCAGAUCUCUCCAGAGAUGUUCGAUCGGGUUCAAGUCUGGGCUCUGCCUGGGCCACUCAAGGACAUUCAGAGACUUGUCCCGAAACCACUCCUGCAUUGUCUUGGCUGUGUGCUCAGGGUCGAUGUCUUGUUGGAAGGGGAACCUUUACCCCAGUCUGAGGUCCUGAGCGCUCUGGAGCAGGUUUUCAUCAAGGAUCUCUCUGUACUUCGCUCCGUUCAUCUUUCCUUUGAGCCUGACUAGUCUCCCAGUCCCUGCCGCUGAAAAACAUCCCCACAGCAUGAUGCUGCCAACACCAUGCUUAACCGCAGGGAUGGUGCCAGGUUUCCUCCAGACGUGACGCUUGGCAUUCAGGCCAAAGAGUUCAAUCUUGGUUUCAUCAGACCAGAGAAUCUUCUUUCUCAUAGUCUGAGAGUCCUUUAGGUGCCUUUUAGCAACCUCCAAGCGGGCUGUCAUGUGCCUCUUCCUGAGGAGUGACUUCUGGCUGGCCACUCUACCAUAAAGGCCUGAUUGGUGGAGUGCUGCAGAGAUGGUUGUCCUUCUGGAAGGUUCUCCCAUCGCCACAGAGGAACUCUGGAGCUCUGUCAGAGUGACCAUCGGGUUGUUGGUCACCUCCGUGACCAAGGCCCUUCUCCCAUGAUUGCUCAGUUUGGCCGGGCGGCCAGCUCUAGGAAGAGUCUUGGUGGUUCCAAACUUCUUCCAUUUAAGAAUGAUGAAGGCCACUGUGUUCUUGGUGACCUUCAAUGCAGCAGAAAGUUUUUGGUAGCCUUCCCCAGAUCUGUGCCUCGACACAAACCUGUCUCGGAGCUCUACGGACAAUUCUUUCGACCUCAUGGCUUGGUUUUUGCUCUGACAUGCUUUUACAGUGAGGGGAAAAAAGUAUUUGAUCCCCUGUUGAUUUUGUAUGUUUGCCCACUGACAAAGACAUGAUCAGUCUAUAAUUUUAAUGGUAGGUUUAUUUGAACAGUGAGAGACAGAAUAACAACAACAAAAAUCCAGAAAAACGAAUGUCCAAAAUGUUGUAAAUUGAUUUGCAUUUUAAUGAGAGAAAUAAGUAUUUGACCCCUCUGCAAAACAUGACUUAGUACUUGGUGGCAAAACCCUUGUUGGCAAUCAGAGGUCAGACGUUUCUUGUAGUUGGCCACCAGGUUUGCACACAUCUCAGGAGGGAUUUUGUUCCACUCCUCUUUGCAGAUCUUCUCCAAGUCAUUAAGGUUUCGAGGCUGACGUUUGGCAACUCGAACCUUCAGCUCCCUCCACAGAUUUUCUAUGGGAUUAAGGUCUGGAGACUGGCUAGGCCACUCCAGGACCUUAAUGUGCUUCUUCUUGAGCCACUCCUUUGUUGCCUUGGCCGUGUGUUUUGGGUCAUUGUCAUGCUGGAAUACCCAUCCACAACCCAUUUUCAAUGCCCUGGCUGAGGGAAAGAGGUUCUCACCCAAGAUUUGACGGUACAUGGCCCCAUCCAUCGUCCCUUUGAUGCGGUGAAGUUGUCCUGUCCCUUUAGCAGAAAAAUACCCCCAAAGCAUAAUGUUUCCACCUCCAUGUUUGAUGGUGGGGAUGGUGUUCUUGGGGUCAUAGGCAACAUUCCUCCUCCUCCAAACACGGCGAGGAGAGUUGAUGCCAAAGAGCUCGAUUUUGGUCUCAUCUGACCACAACACUUUCACCCAGUUCUCCUCUGAAUCAUUCAGAUGUUAAUUGGCAAACUUCAGACGGGCAUGUAUAUAUGCUUUCUUGAGCAGGGGGACCUGGCGGGCGUGCAGGAUUUCAGUCCUUCACGGCGUAGUGUGUUACCAAUUGUUUUCUUGGUGACUAUGGUCCCAGCUGCCUUGAGAUCAGUGACAAGAUCCUCCCGUGUUUUUCUGGGCUGAUUCCUCACCGUUCUCAUGAUCAUUGCAACUCCACGAGGUGAGAUCUUGCAUGGAGCCCCAGGCCGAGGGAGAUUGACAGUUCUUUUGUGUUUCUUCCAUUUGCGAAUAAUCACACCAACUGUUGUCACCUUCUCACCAAGCUGCUUGGCAAUGGUCUUGUAGCCCAAUCCAGCCUUGUGUAGGUCUACAAUCUUGUCCCUGACAUCCUUGGAGAGCUCUUUGGUCUUGGCCAUGGUGGAGAGUUUGGAAUCUGAUUGAUUGCUUCUGUGGACAGGUGUCUUUUAUACAGGUAACAAGCUGAGAUUAGGAGCACUCCCUUUAACAGUGUGCUCCUAAUCUCAGCUCGUUACCUGUAUAAAAGACACCUGGGAGCCAGAAAUCUUUCUGAUUGAGAGGGGGUCAAAUACUUAUUUCCCUCAUUAAAAUGCUAAUCAAUUUAUAACAUUUUUUUACAUGCGUUUUUCUGGAUUUUGUUGUUGUUAUUCUGUCUCUCACUGUUCAAAUAAACCUACCAUUAAAAUUAUAGACUGAUCAUUUCUUUGUCAGUGGGCAAACGUACAAAAUCAGCAGGGGAUCAAAUACUUUUUUCCCUCACUGUAUAUAGACAGGUGUGCCUUUCCAAAUCAUGUUCAAUCGAUUGAAUUUACCACAGGUGGACUCCAAUCAAGUUGUAAAAUCAUCUUAAGGAUGAUCAAUGGAAACAGGAUGCACUUGAGCUCAAUUUCAAGUCUCAUAGGAAAGGUUCUGUAUACUUAUGUAAAUAAGAUAUUUCUGUUUUUAUUUUUGUCAUUAUGGGGUAUUGUGCGUAGAUUGAUGAGGAUUUUUUUAUGUAAUCCAUUUUAGAAUAAGGCCUAACGUAACAAAAUGUGGAAAAAGUCAAGGGGUCUGAAUACUUUCCGAAAGCACUGUAUGUCAUUCAAUGGAAGCAGGAACACUUGAAUUUUCCAUUUGAAGGUUGUAGAUCGGAAACAGUUGGUACGUGUGAAAUUUGUGUCCCUGCAUAGGUGUGGCCGAUGUGUCAAGUGAUUUGAGCCUUACUCCACCUUCUUCAUACCCACUGCAAACGCUCCAAGUGGCCUUCGACGAACAGGAUGUCAGUAGUCUGGAUGAUGAGGAGGAUGAUGACCUACCCAGUUUCACUUCGCCAAAAAGUAAGCUAGUUUUACACGUCUCUAAACUGCAUUUCUCAUAUGGAAUCUGUAUGAUAUUGUGUCAUUGGUUUACUGAGUUAUGAAAGAUUGGAUGAUUUUAUUUUUGUGCACCGCAGAAACCCUGUCCAUCACAAAGGGAGCCUGUGUCUGGUGUAAAUAUCGACGUUGCCCCUUCUGGCCUGCUAUGGUAAUUUUCAUUAGUCCAAUUGAUUUCUAGUAUGCUUUCUAUCAUUAGUGAUUUGGAAUGGGACUGCACUUACACUUGCAUGUAUGACAUGUUCGCUUCUCAUGUCAUCAUCAGGUCAUGUAUGUUUCCUGUAAAGAGAAGAAAGCCAGCGUUGUGUUCAUCGACACAUUUCUUUUCACACAGAAGAGGAAGAGGUGAGCAUCUUCAGUAAUACUAAUAAUGAUUGUAGAUAUGAAAGUGUAGAUGUUUUCAGACAUCAUUGAUACUGGGGAGCUGUUUUCAUGUGCGGUUAUUAGCUGUAACCAAUGAUCUCUAUGUAAACAAGAUGAAUAUGUAUGUUUAUGGCUCUAACCUUAAGGAAUUUGGUCUUUACGAAAGAAGGCAGGAAGUGAACAUGAAUCAUUCGCAUAGUUCUGCCCUACUGUGGCUCCAAGGUACAGUUGAAGUCGGAAGUUUACAGUAAAGAGUCCUAUAUCGACAUAACCUGAAAGGCUGCUCAGCAAGGAAGAAGCCACUGCUCCAAAACCACCAUAAAAAAGCCAGACUACGGUUUGCAACUGCACAUGGGGACAAAGAUCGUACUUUUUGGAGAAAUGUCCUCUGGUCUGAUUAAACAAAAAUAGAACUGUUUGGCCAUAAUGACCAUCGUUAUGUUUAGAGGAAAAAGGGGGAAGCUUGCAAGCCGAAGAACACCAUCCCAACCGUGAAGCACGGGGGUGGCAGCAUCAUGCUGUGGGGGUGCUUUGCUGCAUGAGGGACUGGUGCACUUCGCAAAAUAGAUGGCAUCAUGAGGAAGGAAAAUGAUGUAGAUAUAUUGAAGCAACAUCUCAAGACAUCAGUCAGGAAGUUAAAGCUUGGUCGCAAAUGGGUCUUCCAAAUGGACAAUGACCCCAAGCAUACUUCCAAAGUUGUGGCAAAAUGGCUUAAGCUGAAAUAAAUCAUUCUCUCUACUAUUAUUCUGACAUUUUCACAUUCUUAAAAUAAUGUGGUGAUCCUAACUGACCUAAGACAGGGAAUUUUUACUAGGAUUAAAUGUCAGGAAUUGUGAAAAACUGAGUUUAAAUGUAUUUGGCUAAGGUGUAUGUACAUUUCCGACUUCAACUGUAAGUAAUAUAUUUAUUUAGUGACACGACUUUGACGGAUGAAUAAAACAUUUUAUUUUACCCUUCUUUAGCGUCAAGGUCUCCUUAAAGAAUAUCAAGCCCUUUGACUGUGAGGAGUCAAAUGAGUUGGUGGUGAGAUUUUGCUUUACUUGCACUUAAAGUAUAUGAUAAAUAUUAUGUAAUUAAUGUGCCAUGGUUGACUUCCAAAUAUUGACAUGUAUAACCAGUUUUCCAUCCAAGCUUUUAUGCAAGUAAAAUACAUGUCAGGUAAAAAUAGCACGACAGGCCUGAUCGAAACAUCAAAUUUGUCCGUAAACAUUCCGACAAAAAUAAAAUAUGCUAGACAAGGUGAGAUCUUUUCGUGUCUGUAAAAUGUAUUAUGCGAGAAAUAUUGAUAUAAUAACCAUCAUAUCGAAGUAAAUGUGGAGUCACGCGAUGACAUGUUGUGUUAUCCUCCCAGUAUGACUCGGGAAAUCAUGCAGUUUAUUAGGCUACAGAUGAAAUACGUCACAGGAUGGUGACAGUGCAACUUGAUGAGCUUGAUGCUCCUUUCCAAUAAAUAUUGAGGAUCUUAUUCAAAUGACAUGAUAAUCGAUGCUUGUCUGCCGUUUGACAAAUACAAAUAAUCUCGCUCUUUUGUCCAAAAUAAUCUCAUAAUGUAGGCUUUACCCAUACUGUAUCUGCGAGCUGUUGGCUAGGGCGCACGUGCCAAGACCAGAGUGGGUACAUUCGCUAUGUAACGCAAUUUUAUUUGUGACAAAACCAUCAGUAGACUUGAAAAUGUGAUGGAAACCCAUUUAACUUGUAUUUUUUUAUUCGUUACAUGGGAAUUUAACCGCAAAAGUUAUUUUUAUGGAAAUUUGAUGGAAACACAUCUCUGAUUUUUUUAUAUUUGCAUGAAAAUCAGUCACCAAUUGGAUGGAAACCUAGCUAUUUGUAUUUACCUACUGUCUAUAUGUUACUUCAGUUGACGUAUGUAUGGAGAAUGUGAGGUGAAAUGUGGGUAUCUCUCACAGGACAAAGCCAAGGAGAAAUAUGGUACUGCCAUCCACCAUUGCCUGAAGCUUAUUGGUGACUAUAGAAUUCGCCUUGGUAAGAGAACCGUCAAACAUAGGAGGUUAGGGUUUGACUCUGUGUCCAAUGUUUUCAGUUGGAUAUGCAGUACACAAUGUUUGGUAGCUAGUGUUUCAAUCAAUUGAACUUCCAAGCCUGCAUGUAAUUGAAUGACCAGGGAAUCAAAUGUUUAUGCAUUUCUUCCCUCAGGUUGUGGUUCAUUUUCCGGUUCCCUCAUUGAGUAUGUUGCUGAUGACAUCAGUAAGUUUUUAAAUGGCCUGUGUUCAAAGUCAUUUUUUGUGCCUAUUUCAUUGCUAUGUAAUGCCAAUUCCUAGCUACAAGCAAGCAAGUCAGGUACUUGCAGCUUCCACAGACAUGACAGGAACAACUAUCAAAACAAACCAUUUGCCAAGGAGGCGAUAGUAGAAUGAGGAUAUGGAGCAACAUUUCUUGACAGGAACCUGCAUACCCUGGUUGAUAACAAUGGGGCAUUCUUCUCUAUGAACCAGUGUGAAAGUUAAAAAAAUUUGUUUAACAUUGCAAAUUGUUCAUUGUAUAAUAAUUAUUGCCAAUUCCAAUGUAUCCCUCCUAUUUGUGCUCCUGCCCUCCAGGCAUCCCUAUGAGAAAGCUGUACCGUCACGACCUGUCUGACAGUUACUUGGCCUCGCCAAGGCAAGACAUGGAGGACCAGGGCAGUUACCAGGGGACUCCGGAAGACCAUGCGACCACUGAGGGCAGUGACCAGGACCAGGAGCCACAGGUCUCCAAGAGACUGCUACCUGACCGUGCCAAGGCUGCACGGGACCGGGCCAACGACAAACUACUGAAGUUCAUCGUCGAUAAAAGAGGCGUGGAGAGGCACUUGCAGGUCAGAGAGUUAGUAAACUGAGGGAAGAAGAGAGUAAAACUUAGCUUAUCCCUGAGCAAUAGUUAGGCAUCUUUUCUUCUCUUUUCUCCAUAUCAUAGGCUAUUAUCAGCGGUCAGGUGGUGUCCAAGUGGCUGAAGGCCUUCCACAAGGCCAGUGGUCAAGCAGUGGACCCCUACUUUGAGACGGACCAUCAGGUGGAGCAGGUUUUCACUUACCUCAGGAGCAUCAUGGUGGAAGCCUCGCAAAGUCUGCCAGAGUUAGACCAGAUCCGCUUCAUCCUCGAAGUGCUCUUACCAGAGGUGAAUCAAUGUCUUGAGUGUUGUUGCAGAUUGGUCCUAGAUUUGUACAUGCACAAAGAGCAUGACAACGAUUGUGAGAGUUAGCUAUCACAGUGAUGCGCAUUCAAAUGCGACCAGGCUAGUGUUCUUGUAGUAGUAUGCAAAUAAGAACUAUAUGUCAUUCAAAUGUGUUUUUGUAUCCUAUGCUCUCCAACUGUCCUUUCUUUUAUUCCAUCUCACAAGUUUGAUCUUUUCAGGCUGUCAUCCAUGGAAUCUCGGAGGUCAAUGACAUAUCCCUGGUAAAGGCCGAAGAUAAAUACUCACAAGGGCCUGGCAUCAGUAAUAGGUGAGAGGUUGACUCUGUAUUUGUCUGUUAUUUUUUGUGAUUUCAUGGACUGUAGCUUGUUUUUAUUUUGCUGAUACUAUUUCCCUUUAAUCAUUUCAGAGAGCGAGAGGAGUUUGACCUUAUGAUUUUGCAGCAGAUGAAGAAAAGGCACUGCAGAAAAGAUCAAGAAUAAGAAGGGUUGUGUGUUCUGUUUCAGGUCUGCAUUGGCUAAUGCCACUUCAAGUGUUUAUAUUGUUCAUAGGUUACAUACUCUUUAUUUUUGAAUGAAUGUAUUUGUAUACUGAACAAAAAUAU